CAUUAUAGGUGCCUUGAGACAUGUCUCCAGCCUGGAGGAGAAGGACUCCCUUGUCCAGUCUGCUGCAGACUUCUUUGUCAAUGGAAGGAUGCAGACUGCCCUGGACCAGUUUCUUGAGGGGUUAAGAACCUUGAGCUUACUGGACGAGUUGAGAAGGAAUCCAGCAAUAUUCUACAACAUGUUUGUAAAUGAGGAGAGGCCACUUCAGGCGAAGGACCUAUGCACUUUAUUUGAAGUUGACUUCUCUGUGCAGGGCAGCAGCAGAAGAGUUGUGGAGAACAUGACAAUUUGUUUUUGGCGUGACUGGUUAAUUGAUAUUGAAGAAGGAGAAUGCAGUCCAAUUACCCUUGAACAGGUAUUGGAGUUUACAUCUGGAGCAUCAACAGUGCCUCCCCUGGGAUUUCCACACCGUCCCCAAAUUCAGUUCCUCCACGAAGUCAAUAAAAUCUUUGAAGAGGCAAAUACCUGCCACAUAAUCCUCCGCCUACCCAUACAUAAUGAUUAUGACACCUUCAAGAAAUAUAUGAUUGAGGGAAUUAUUCAGGCUCCUGGUUUUGGGGUUGCGUGAACAGUCUACAACUGUAAUAGUUCAACACAACUGUGCUUUUUCACUCGUUGUUAGUGUUCCACACUGUUUACUGUCACCUCAAAAGUUUGUGAAAUAGAGCACUUUAUUUAGAAAAUUGUUAAUCAGUGUUUUGCACUUUGCUGAGUUUGACAAUGUUUUUAUAAUGUUAACAAUUUUGCAGAAUUCUGCACUGUUUACAUGAGGUACUCAU